AUGUGUUGUGUUGUGUCUCUCUUGUUGCAAACAAUCAUAAGCGCGCGGUUUUGUUUCAAUAAAAUUUAAAAAAAAUCUUUUUUUUUUAAUUUAUAAGUAAAAUAGUUACACAAGUUUGAGGGUCUACGAAUAAAAAUGGCCAUUAAUCUGCAUCUUAAAUCAUCAGACGUGCAAGCAAGCCUUCAGGAUGUUUCCAGACUGCAAUACAUUCCAGCAACAAUCCGCGGCGACGGACCAGCCAAAGUAGAACAAUAUUUCGAUUCUUAUACAGAGAAAUUGGAAGAUAAUACCCUGGCAAAUGCACUUCGUGGAUAUCCAUUGCGGGGAAAACGGAUCGAUCUGCCGGAGAAUUACUGCGGUGUGAUAUUCCAAGAAACCAGUAAACCGCUCUCAUCGGAAGAAGAGCGGAAUUUUAGCUUCGCUGGAGCCUUCAAGGAGUUUACCUAUUGGAACUACGACAAAAUUCCCUCAAAGAAUGACGCCUUCGAGAAGGCACUCGACUGGAUGGAACUGUCCAGCGUGCUGCACGAACCACUAACGCAAGAAGAUUUAAAAACAGAUGUUAAAAAAGAUAAAUAAAUGUUAUCACGGUUCUAAUAAAUAAA